AUGGAUCAAUAUCCCUACUUUUCGGGCCACCCCUCGCAGCCGCCAGCGCCGCAACAGCAACAGCAGCAACAGCAGCAGCAGCAACCGUACCCUUUAUACGGGCUACCGACCCCCAAUCAGAACUACCGCGGCGAUGAUGUUCAGGGCCCUUUUGAUCCUCUGUACCACCAGCCAUUUGACCCGGCUUUUCAUGCGCCGUAUGGCGGACCGCAAUCGCCACCAGACUCGUACGCGAAACAGUCCGUUUCGGGCAGUAGUGAGCCGAUCAGCGCAGGGCCCUAUCCCCGGUCAAUCGAGGGGCGCGAUGACUUUCUCGCCGACCCGAGCAUGGUGCGGAGUGAUAGCGAAGAGAAAGAUAGAGAGGGGCUAAUGACACCGGCGCAGAGCAAACGCAAGGCACAGAAUCGAGCGGCUCAACGUGCAUUCCGCGAACGCAAAGAGCGCCAUGUCCGCGAACUCGAAGAAAAGGUUACAAACCUGCAAGCUGAAUCAAGUACCCUGCUCGCCGACAAUGAGCGCUUGAAGCGCGAGCUCGCCCGAUAUAGUACCGAAAACGAGAUCUUGCGCGCAACGACAAAUACAUCUGCCUCUGGUACGCCAACACAUCGCCGUGGCUCCCCAAGCAGUGCACCUACAGAAACAGGACCAAUGACCUACUCCCCGACGGACUUCUAUUCAGACCUAGUACCAGAGGGCCAGUCCGCGCGGCUUCAUAGAGUUACGUACUGCAAGAACACGGGGGAGAGGCUGCUCGAUGCACAGGCGACGUGGGAUGUUAUACAGGGGCACGAGCUGUUCAAAAAGGGCCUCAUCGACUUGAACGGGGUAACGAGGAGACUCAAGCUGGUGACGCAAUGCGAUGGGACAGGGCCGGCAUUCCGAGAGAGCCACGUGCUAGCUGCGAUUGAAGAGAGUGCGGUGGCGGAUGGUGAUGAGUUGAUUUGA